ACUUCCGGGGUGACGCCCCGCUAUGCUGUGGAGUCGGUGGCCCGAAGGCGACACCAUUCCCCCGGCUGGGGCCCGGCCCUUUAAACUUUGUUUUUUAAACUUCGGGGGUGUGGUCGCGGCUCCUCCUCUGUCUGCGGCCCGGCCCCUCCCUCCCUCCCUCCGCCCCGCCUUCCAGAUGCUUUGGAGUCAUGAGCCGGGAGGGCUCGGGGACCCGGCGGGUGGCCGAGGUGAUCAAAGAUCGCCUUUGUUUUGCCAUUCUCUGCAGCAGACCAAAGAGUUCAUCAAAUGUACAUUAUUUCACCAUAGAUAAUGAACUUGAAUAUGAGAACUUCUACGCAGAUUUUGGACCACUCAAUCUGGCAAUGCUUUACAGAUAUUGUUGCAAGAUAAAUAAGAAAUUAAAGUCCAUUACAAUGAUAAGGAAGAAAAUUGUUCAUUUUACUGGCUCUGAUCAGAAAAAACAAGCAAAUGCUGCUUUCCUUAUUGGAUGCUACAUGGUUAUAUAUUUGGGGAAAACUCCAGAAGAAGCAUAUUCAAUAUUAAUGCUCGGCGAUAUAUCCUACAUUCCUUUCAGAGACGCUGCCUAUGGGAGCUGCAAUUUCUUCAUUACCCUUCUGGACUGUUUCCACGCGGUGAAGAAGGCAAUGCAGUAUGGCUUCUUUAAUUUCAACUCAUUCAGACUUGAUGAAUACGAACACUAUGAAAAAGCAGAAAAUGGAGAUUUAAAUUGGAUAAUACCAGGCCGAUUCAUUGCCUUCUGUGGACCUUAUUCAAAAACCAGACUUGAAAAUGGUUACUACCAGCAUUCUCCUGAGGCUUACAUUCCCUAUUUUAAGAAUCACAACGUUACUACCAUUAUCCGUCUGAAUAAAAGGAUGUAUAAUGCCAAACAAUUUACGAAUGCUGGUUUCGAUCACUAUGAUCUUUUCUUUGCGGAUGGCAGCACCCCUACUGAUGCGAUCGUCAAAGAAUUUCUGGAUAUAUGUGAAAGUGCCGAGGGCGCCAUUGCAGUGCAUUGUAAAGCUGGCCUUGGACGAACGGGCACCCUGAUAGCCUGCUACAUCAUGAAGCAUUACAGGAUGACCGCGGCCGAGGCCAUCGCCUGGAUCAGGAUCUGCAGGCCUGGCUCCGUGAUUGGGCCUCAGCAGCAGUUCUUGGUGACGAAACAGUCAAACCUCUGGUUGGAAGGAGACUAUUUCCGUCAAAAGUUAAGGGUUCAGGAGAACGGCAAACACAGAGCAGCUGUCUCAAAGCUCCUCUUGGCUGUGGACGACAUUUCACUCCAUGGGGACAAGCAUCACGACAAGCAAGAACCUGAGCUGUACAGCGACGACGACGAAGGCUACGGCGUGACGCAAGGAGAUAGACUCCGGGCCCUGAAAAGCAGAAGACGGCAAAAAACGAGCGCGGUGCCCCUCACAGUAAUUCUUCAGUCCAGUGUUCAGAGCUGUAACACAUCUGAACCUAGCAUUUCUGGCAGUGCAGGCAUUGCUAAGAGAACCACCAGAUCUGCUUCAAGGAAAAGCAGUUUUAAAAGCCUGGUUCCUCAGAGGGAAAGAAGGAAAAGGAGUGCUUUGCAGCAAAUGCCCCUAAUGGCAUUAUGGUACUCUCAUUGCUCCGCUGCCUCUGCCCCACCCCCCUCUUAUUGUGUUUUUAUUGUUUUGUUUUUCUUUUUAUUUUUUGCAGAACUGAACCCUUUUCUGCUUUGCCUUUCUCUCCUGUUUGUCUUUAUGGUUGGUAUUGUACUGUCUUCCAAAGUAUUUGUCAUUAAAGAAUUAUACAAAGUGUGUACUUUUUAGCAUGUCAGUAUUUUUUAUUAUGUUGCCUUCCUUGUCUUCAAUAACUGCCUGUGCCACAUUUGAGAACCUUCAUGGUAAAGUCCUUUUCUUUCUCCCCUAGUCCCCCCAUUUCGAGGACUAAGACAGUGUUGCGUUAAGUAGAAACCUGUGACCAGAACUGAAGGAAGACUGGGAAUAGAACCACAUCAGGACUCAGCACAAUUUAUUUGGAAACUAAACAAAAUUGCAAAAGCCUUAGCUGCUUUCCACCUAAGAAGCUUGUUCAGUGAAGAAACUGUCCCCUGGAGUUUAAAUAGCUGCACGGGCUCGGGGACGAGGGGGACUGGAAGACAGUCGGCUCGCCGUUUGUAGACGCGCCCACGUGGAGCAGCUGCUGCACACUUAGUCUCAGGUGUAAACACCAGGGCCCGCGCGGCGGGAGCUGGCGCUCUGGUGCGUGUGUCCCUGUGGUGGCCGCGCUCGCUGCUGGCCUCGGAGGACAGGUCUGACGGAGGCCUUUCACCUAUUUAUUUUCUGUUCGCCCUGCGCCCGAAUGUACAGAGAUGGAACAGGCCCUGCGGAAACGGUCCUCAGUGGUCGAUUCUGUUUGGUGUCACCCUCUUCACUGUAACGCUUGUGACACUGUGUGACGUUACCUGCUAAGCCCCGAGCUGCUCGCGUUCCACCAAAGAGUGCUUUAUCCCGGAGACCGUGUGAGCUCUGCGUGCGGACACGGCGCUGUGACCUCACACCUGCGGGCGCCUGGGCAGUAGCUACAGACUCAGGAGGGGAAGCUGGCCCUGGUGGGCAGGCGUGGAGUCAUGCCUUUGAUGUUAUUUGGGGAAGGAAGAAAUCCAAGACUGCCCACUAUUUGGUUGCCGAGUCAUACAAAUUAAAAUUGUAUUUCCUUCAGCGCAUGAAAAACCCACACUUUCAGUGUUUCUCCUUGGAAACAGUGAUCCCAAAUACUGGGCGCUUAAAGCAGCUUCCUGCUGUACUAGGGCCUUUCUCUGUAGCAUGAUGGAUUUCAGCGACAGUAUUCGCAUCUGGAUUUCAGUUUGUACUAAGACCCUCACUGUGGCCUUCGGUUAGGGAAUCAGCUCUGCAGAGUGCCUUCUCUCCUCCCCCUGCAGCAGCACAGCAGAGUCUGAUGCAAAGCAAUCACACAAAAAAAAAAGUUUAUUUGCUGCUAAAA